AUGAACGAGCUGCCGGGGCCGUGGCAGCUGCCGGUGAUCGGAAGCCUGCACCACCUCGUCGGGCAGCUCCCCCACCGCGCGAUGCGUGACCUAGCGCGGCGCUACGGGCCGGUCAUGCUCCUCCGGCUCGGCGAGGUGCCCACGCUGGUGGUGUCGUCCCGGGAGGGUGCCCGUGAGGUGACGAAGACCCACGACUUGGCGUUUGCGACGCGGCCUCUGAGCGCCACAGCGCGUGUGCUCACCAACGGCGGCCGGGACAUUGUGUUCGCACCGUACGGUGACCACUGGCACCAGGUUAAGAAGAUCGCCGUCUUCGAGCUCUUAUCGGCGCGGCGCGUCACGUCCUUCCGCGCCGUCCGCGAGGAGGAGGUCGCCGCCGUGCUCCGCGAUGUCGCCGAGGCCGCGGUGGCCACGCGCCCCGUGGAGCUGCGCGCGUGCCUCUCCGCGCUCGGCAUCGACAUCACGGUCCGCGCCAUCAUGGGUGACCGGUUCAAGGAGCGCGAUGUGUUCCUCCACGCGCUCGACCGCUCCACGAAGCUCGUGGCGGGGUUCAACCCGCCGGACCUGUGGCCGUCGUCCCGGUUUGCCGGCUAUCUCAGCGGGGCCGUGCGCAGCGCCAAGGAGUGCCGUGACAUCGGGAACGGCAUCCUCGACGCCAUCAUCAAGGAGCGGCUCGAGAGGACGAUGGAAGGUGGCGGAGGCCAGAAGAACGAGGACUUGCUCGACGUGCUGCUAAGCAUGCACAAGGAGGGCAAGCUCGACAUGGACGCCGUCAAAUACGUCAUCUUCGACCUAUUCAGCGCCGGCAGCGAGACAACUACGCUAGAGUGGGCAUUCGCAGAGCUGAUGAGGAACCCAAAGGUGAUGCACAAGGCAACCGCCGAGGUUCGGCGAGCCUUCAGGGCCCAAGGCACCGUAGCGGAGCACCGCCUCAACGAGCUCCCGUACAUGCACCUGGUCAUUCGGGAGGCGCUGCGGCUGCACAUGCCCACGCCGUUGCUCCUCCCGCGGGAGUGCCGGGAGCCAUGCCAGGUGCUCGGGUAUGACGUGCCGCAGGGCACGCAGCUGCUAGUCAACGUCUGGGCACUGGGCCGUGACAAGCGGUACUGGCCUGACGGGCCGGAGGAGUUUCGGCCGGAGCGGUUCGAGGACGAGGAUGCUGUGGACUUUAAGGGUAACGACUUCUCUUUUCUGCCGUUCGGCGCAGGCCGGAGGAUGUGCCCUGCCAUGGCAUUCGGCCUCGCCAACAUCGAGCUCGCACUCGCGAGCCUGCUGUUCCACUUCGACUAG